UUCGUGGCGAAUCGACCAAAUAUAAGCCUUGGAUAAUUUGCUUAUACCUUGUUGAAAAUAAGUGCCGCAGCAAAGGAUCGUUCAAAAGAAAUAACUUUGAUCUUUCCUCCAAUGGCGACUCACUUUCUUCUCUGCCUCUUCUUCUCUUCUGGAAUGCUUGCUAAUAUUAAAGCAACAAUUCAGAAGGAUUGGGAAAGCAAAUAUCAGGUAGAACAAUCUUGGGAGGAUCAGAAUUUUCGAGCGCUUUCCAAACAGUUCUUCAAAACGUCAACCAAGUGGUACAAUGAACUUGGAUCCGAAAUGAUCAUAACAAGUUUGGACAGGAACAACGGCUCUUUCGAAGGAACAUACAACUCUGGUGUUGGACAAGCUGAGAAGGAAUAUUACCUGGUUGGCAGGUUCGACACUAAUGGGUCUACAAUAGGAUGGGUCGUAUCUUGGCAAAACAAGUUUCUCAUUUCUCAUUCCACAACUGCUUGGUCCGGACAGAUGCAGUUCCAGAACCCAGAGAAACCAGUCAUUCUGACUACGUGGCUGCUGACCCGCCAAACGGAGCCCAAGGAUGACUGGGAAUCAACCAUAGUUGGAUUUGAUACCUUCACUCAAGACCCUCCAAGUCAAGAAACCAUCGAAAGAGCCAAACUCCGUCGCCGGGUUCAGCCAUCCACAAAAUAAAGGGAAAUAAGAGGCUUCUGUAUAUUUUGUAUACAACUUUUGCUACUAAGUAAAUGCUGUAUGCGUAAUAUUUUGGUUUCAUUUGCAAUAAAGUUGAUGACAACUA